AUGGCAGAAUCUGACGAAUCGAAAUCGUCUCCUUCGGAUUCCUCCGGUAUCUCGGCAGCCUCCAAUGGGGGCCGAGGCAUGACCAGAAAGACAAAGGAGAAGGGUGAUGCCAAGCUAGUAUCCGAAGCCGAGACCGUAGAGUCCAGCUCGCACCAUCAGCCCUCCCUUGAUCUCAAGCUCUCGAAUGAGUAUCCGGGCACCGGAACUAAUAAGGCAGGAGCGGGACAGGAUGUCAUCUUGGACUCCGGUCAGGAAGCUGGAAAUUCUUCCAGGGCGAAUAAGGACGUCGUGGAGCACGGGCAGGGCCAGAAGCCGCCCGAGCCAAGGGUAUUCACGUGCAACUUCUGUAAGCGAGAGUUCUCAACGUCGCAGGCAUUGGGCGGGCACCAGAAUGCGCACAAGCAGGAAAGGGCCCUCGCAAAGCGGAACCAGGGGCUGGAGCAGGGAGGGUUCGGGCCCCCGGGCCAUUUUUCGUGCUAUCACCCUUACUACAACUUGACGUCGACCCUAAGCCCCUUGUUCGGGUCACUGGGGAGAUCGCUAGGGGUGCAGGCGGAAUCCCUGAUCCACAAGUCCCCGUGGGGGCAGUCGUCUAGCCACGGGUACCGGCCUUGGCCGAGGCCGGGAAUGGGAAACCCGCAAUUGGCACCGAUGGACUGUCAUCGGGUGAGAUUGGUGGAGGAUUAUCAUCAUCAAGGCCAUCAGAGUCACGGAGGCGGCUUUAGGCAACAUGGUGAUAUGGUCUCGUCAAGAACAAUUGCAGCUGCUGGGCCCAGCAAUGGAAGUAUUAGCAGUGGGCUCCACAGAAAUGACGAUUCACCCAGCAACGACAUCAGCGAAGAAGAGGAUGCUAAUGGCCUUGAUUUGUCCCUCAAGCUUUAA